UUUCAGUCGUCUUCAGUGGGUAGGUGUGUCGUCUGAAAUAUAUAUGGAAGUUUCGCAGGUACAACAACCGUCGUCGAAUGGCCGCCGGCGACGAGGUGGCUGGAUUACUUUCCCCUUCAUAAUCGCCAUGACGGUAGGGAUGAAUCUGGCGGGCGCCGGGUGGUCGAGCAACUUAAUUGUGUAUCUUAUCAAGGAGUUCAACGUGAAGAGCAUUGACGCCGCUCAGAUUGCCAAUGUCGUCAGUGGAACUUUUAAUUUAGUCCCAGUCUUCGCAGCCAUUAUCGCCGACUCUUUCUUAGAUUGCUUCUCCGUCGUCUGGAUUUCCUCUGUAAUCUCUCUGCUGGGCAUAAUCCUGUUAGCAGUAACAGCAUCUAUUCCAUCUCUGAAGCCACAGCCAUGCGUAAACGGCGUUUGCAAAGCGCCGACAAGAGCACAAUUUGGAGUGCUGUAUGCCGGCAUAUGUUUGGCGACCACGGGACAAGGUGGGAGGGCUGUGAUUGCAACAAUGGGGGCCAACCAGUUUCCCGACAAGCCCAAGAACCAAACCAUUUUCUUCAACUGGUUUUUCUUCACCAUGUACGUGGCCGUGUUGAUAGCCUCCACGGUGGUGGUGUAUGUGGAAGACAAUGUUAGCUGGGAAUGUGGGUUUUACGUAUGCGCGGGUGCCAACGUUGUUGGUUUAGUGGCUUUCUUGGUCGGGACUCCGUUCUACCGCCGUCCGAAACCGGAGGGCAGCCCGUGUACUGUGCUUGCUCGGGUUGUGGUUGCGGCGAUUAGAAAAAGGAAGCUCCAAAUCUCACCGGCUGAGAAUAACUUUUACUAUGGGAAAGACAUUUUGGCUAAAUUCACCACUCCUCCACCAUCAACAAGCUUUGGGUGCUUGAAUCGAGCAGCAAUGAGAGGCAAUGGAGAUGUAGCAGCAGAUGGGUCAAACAAGAAGCCAUGGAGAUUAUGCAGUGUAAGAGAAGUAGAGGAUUUCAAAACCAUUAUAAGAAUCUUCCCGCUAUGGUCAACCGCCAUAUUCUUAGCUACCCCAAUUGCAAUGAACAUAAGCUUGUCAGUCCUCCAAGCUUUAACAGUGGACCGCCACCUAGGCCGCCAUUUCCAGAUCCCUGCAGGUUCAAUCUUUGUCUUUGUUUUCCUCUCCACCUCACUCUCUCUCAUCCUCUUUGACCGGAUACUGUCGCCGGCGUGGAAGAGAUUGGCCAGAAAAACUCCCACGCCGCUCCAACGAGUGGGUAUUGGCCACGUUUUCAACAUCGCGGCCAUGGUUGUCUCCGCCAUGGUGGAGUCCAAGAGGCGAAAUGUAGCAGCAAAAUCAGAUGCACUCAUAGCCCCCAUUUCAGUGCUGUGGCUUCUGCCGCAACUUGCCCUAGUCGGAAUCGGAGAAGCCAUGCAUUUUCCGGGGCAACUGGAGCUGUAUUACCAAGAAUUUCCGGCGUCCUUGAAGAACGUGUCGACCUCGCUGGCGUGGGUGAUCAUUGCAAUUGCCUUUUAUUUGAGCACUGCCUUGAUUGAUCUUCUGAGAAGGGUCACCGGAUGGUUGCCGGAUAACAUAAAUCACGGGAGGCUAGAAAACGUUUACUGGUUGGUGACUGUGGUUGGAGUACUCAACUUCGCUUACUUCCUAAUAUGUUCUUGGUUCUACAAAUACCAAAAUGUAAAGGAAGUUGGCCAUGGUGAAUCCAAUUCUUUAGACAUACAAUCUUCCCUAUAGAGAUGGCAAAUGUCUCCGAACCUAAGGGCCCGAGAUGAGAAACGCCUUUCUAAGUGUGGGAACAGGGUCUGGACAAAGAAUAUGCCCGACAUAUUCCCCAACCCGGUGCCAUCCCUAGUUCACCGGAAUAUUUUCUGGUUGUGUUAUGUCCUAGGAACAGCAAAAAUUGCUGCAGUACUAUAUGUUUGUGUGGUUCAUUUUAUGAGUACGAAAACCAAAAUGAUUAUUCCAAGUAAA